AAUGAUCUCUCUUCCAGAACCGACUUAACCAUUUCUUUCUCGCGAUUUUCAUCGCUAUCAUCAGUUAACAGAAUCGCGAAUAAAUACCCAUCAAUCAAUCUCUCCUCAAUCUCGACCCACCGAUGGAAACAGCAGCGUCCGAACGCUUUAGUAGGAAUCGACCAAGAUGCGUUAACCAACUGUCUAACGGAGACAAAUCUUCAUCUUACUGUCCCUGGUCUCAAGUCCAAAUCAAGAGGCAAGGUUAGAGACAUCUAUGAUGCAGGGGAUUUUCUUGUUUUGGUGACAACUGAUCGACUCAGUGCAUUUGACAGGAAUCUUGCUUCAAUUCCAUUCAAAGGACAGGUGCUCAAUGAGACAAGUUUGUGGUGGUUCCACAACACUGAACAUAUAACUCCCAAUGCUGUUGUAUUAUCCCCAGAUAGGAAUGUUACAAUUGCGAGGAAAUGCUCAGUCUUUCCGGUUGAAUUUGUUGGUCAGUUACUUCACUCACUAAACACAAUGAUAUAAUUUGAU